UGCGCCUGCGCAGUGCAUCCAGCUUGUAACAAACGGAGCCAAGAUGGAGGUGUUUGUUGUUGCUCCGAGCUUCAGGUGCUCAAGCUUCGAGUUACCACCUGGUUCUGUUGUCAGAGACGUUCUGGAACGGUUCAUUCCGCACCAGGACUGGUAUGUCACCACUAACGGCCGUUUGUCCGGGCUGGAGGAGCGGCUGCAGGAUGGGGCCGUCUACCGCCUGGAGCCCCGGCUCCGUGGAGGGAAGGGAGGUUUUGGCUCCAUGCUCCGGGCUUUGGGAGCGCAGAUUGAGAAGACGACCAACAGAGAGGCCUGCAGAGAUCUGAGCGGCCGCCGCCUUCGAGACGUUAACCAUGAGAAGGAGAUGGCGGACUGGCUGAAGAAGCAGUCGGAGCGCGAGGCGGAGAAGGAGCAGCGGCGGCUGGAGCGUUUGCAGAGGAAGCUGUCGGAGCCGCGGCAUCAGUUCACCGACCCGCAGUACCAGCAGCAGUGCCACGACCUGAGCGAGCGUCUGGAGGACUCUGUUCUGAAAGGCCUGCAGGUGACCUCCAGCAGCCAGGUGAAGGUCGGAGCUGACCCGGAUCAGAACCGAGCCCCUGCGAGGAAGAGGAGGAAGACUGCAGCGGCGGCUGGGUUCUGGACGGGUCUGGAGGAGCUGCUGAGCUCUGAGGAUGAAGAUGAUGAAGAUGAGUCUCCAUGCAGUAGAGGAGCUGUUACCAUGACGACCCAGAGGGCGGAGGCGGAGCCUGGACCCAGCAGCAGCACCGCCACAACCUCAGAGGUCCAGAACGCCGGGCUCCCGACGGAACCGACCCAGGUCCAGAACGCCGGGCUCCCGACGGAACCGACCCAGGUCCAGAACGCCGGGCUCCCGACGGAACCGACCCAGGUCCAGAACGCCGGGCUCCCGACGGAACCGACCCAGGUCCAGAACGCCGGGCUCCCGACGGAACCGACCCAGGUCCAGAACGCCGGGCUCCCGACGGAACCGACCCAGGUCCAGAACGCCGGGCUCCAGACGGAACCGGCUGUUGGACCGUCAGGGGACCAGAACCCUCCUCAGGGCUGCAGGGAACCGGAUCAGCAGUUGGACCUGUCCUCGGUGCCGUCCGUCCAGCAGCUGGAGUCUCUGGGUCUGGAGGUUCUGAAGGAGGAACUGAUGCGCCGCGGCCUGAAGUGCGGGGGAACGCUGUCGGAGCGCGCCGCCCGCCUCUUCUCCGUCAGAGGCCUGAGUCCAGACCGGAUCGACCCGGCACUGCUCGCCAGAACCAGGAGGAAGUAAACCCAGCUGGGAACUUCCUGUCUGGAAUGAAGCGUUCGGGUCUGGAUGUUGGAAUCGUUUAUUUGAACAUGUGAAUCGAUGAUCAGAUUUGUUUUCAUGAAAUAUUAAUAAAAUGUUUCAGAACCGAA